AUGCAUGGGAAUCAUAGGUACAAGGUCGGCCGGCUCAUCCAGUCAGGGUCGUUCAGCGUCGUGCACCACGCGCAGGACUGCCAGACAGGGCAGGAUGUGGCAUUGAAGUACGUGCGCAAGCCGCACGACAACCCCGAGCAGCUGCAGAAGGUCGCAGCGCUGGUCCACAACGAGUACGCCAUCCUGCGCCGGCUGGGGACGCAUCGCAACAUCUGCCAGCUGCUGGACUUCUACGAGGAUGCAGACACAUAUGUGUUUGUGCUUGAGUACUGUGCAUACGGGGACCUGUACGACUUCAUCAAGGCCAUCCGCGAGCGGCCAACGAUGCGCAUCAACUUCCACUCGUUUCUGUUCCAGCUCUGCAGCGCCAUCAGCUAUUGCCACAGCAAGGACGUUUCCCACCGCGACAUAAAGCCGGAAAACGUACUGAUGGACGACCGCGGCCAGGUGAAGCUCACAGACUUCGGUCUCUCGCAGAUAGGCAGCGUGUCGAAGGACUAUUGCAUCGGGACAGAGAAGUACCUGGCGCCUGAGACCUUCCUGCGCGAGUACCACAACACCUUUGCAACAGACUACUGGUCGCUCGGGAUUACGAUCUUUUGCCUCAUGUUCGGCUCUUGUCCGUUUGAGAGCGCCAGCACUGCUGCGCCCAAGCGCAGCGCAAAUUUCCAGCGAUUCCUCCGCGAUCCGCAUCGUUUUGUUGAGUCAUACUACCUGGACGCCAUGUUCGCCGAGCUGGCGCCGCCGGCGAGUCUCGGGUCACUGGUCGGCUUGUGCAACGCGGACUGUGCCCCCUCCUACUGGUUGGAGCUACCCAAGGACCGUAUCCUGUUCCUAUGUGCGAUUGCGAACCUCGUAAUCACGCACCUCGUGAAUGUAGACCCAGCAGCAAGGGACAUGCACGCCUUCUGGGAGAAGGUGAAUGCGCUCUUCUUGGAGAACGGCUCAGGGCGGAUGCUGCAGAAGGAGGCUUUGGUGCCGCAACCGAAGAGCUGCGAGAACGAUGGCGGCGAGGCGAACGUUCCUGCGUCCCCGAUUUCCCGUUCGCAGACACAAUACACAUCGGACCAGGGCAGCAAUUACAUGAACCCGCACGCAUUCGGCACGGCGGCCCAUGCGGCCGGCACAGGCGCCUCGUCUGUUGCGCUAACAGCGACACCCUCUCUGUGCGACUGGCUUCACACAACGCCUGCGGCCCCCAGAAGCGUCGGCGCAGAUCCAUACCAGGACUUGCUGGACGCAGCGGUCGAGGACGCCAUCAGACAGGGGAGCUUGGCUGGCUUUGACCAGAAGGGCUUGGAGCAGGAUUCCAGGGACGGACACGGGACCGGCAGCUGUGAUGGCGACCUGUGGUCGCUGUCCGAGUUGCGGCCCUACUCCACAAUGGCGACCGCCACAUCCCACGAGACAGAGAACAAAUGUCGCGGCUGGAUAUUUUGA